UUUCUGUCUUUCUCACCAUAGGAACUCUAGAGCUGCUGUUAACUUCCCAUGGCAGGACAGGGUGGCAUGAGGGUGGCUGGCUACUGUGUCUGUCAGUGCUGCCAGACAGGACUCAAUUCCAUGGUUAUUCCUCUCUCCCUUCUAGGUUUCCUUGCUCAGGACUCUGUCACUGCAGAAAAGAGGAACACAGAGAUGUUAGACAAUCUGCCAUCUGCUGGGUCCCAGUUCCUGGACUUCAAACACUUAGGAACAUUUCUGGUGUUUGAGGAGUUGGUGACCUUUGAGGAUGUGUUUGUGGACUUCAGCCCAGAGGAACUGAGCUCCCUUAGUGCUGCUCAGAGAAACCUCUACAGGGAGGUGAUGCUGGAGAAUUACAGGAACCUGGUCUGCCUGGGGUACCAAUUCUCUAAACCUGACAUUAUCUCACGCCUGGAAGAGGAGGAAUCACGUGCAAUGGAGACAGACAGCAGACAUACAGUGAUUUGUCAAGGAGAGUCUCAUGAUGAUUCAUUGGAACCACACCAGGGCAACCAAGAGAAACUUUUGAGUCCUAUAACAAUGAAUGACCCCAAGACCCUCACUCUGGAAAGAAGCUAUGGCAGUGAUGAAUUUGAGAGAAGCUCUAGUCUUAGUGAACAAUCAGAGGAUCCUCUAGGAAAGGAUCCCCAGGAAGGCACUGCCCCUGGAAUAUGUACGAGUCCCCAGUCAGCAUCCCAAGAGAACAAACACAACAGAUGUGAAUUUUGCAAACGAACCUUUAGUACUCAAGUAGCCCUUGGGAGACACGAACAGAUCCAUACUGGGAAGAAACCCUAUGAAUGUAAACAGUGUGGUGAAGCCUUCUAUCUCAUGCCACACCUCAACAGACAUCAGAAGACCCAUUCUGGUAGGAAGCCUUCUGGCUCCAAUGAAGGUAGAAAGCCUUCCAUCCAGUGUGCGAAUCUGUGUGAACGUGUAAGAAUUCAUAGUCAGGAGCACUACUGUGAAUGUUUUCAGUGCGGCAAAGCUUUUCUCCAGAAUGUGCAUCUUCUUGAACAUCUCAAAGCCCAUGAGGCAGCAAGAGUCCUUCCUCCUGGGUUGUCCCACAGCAAGACAUACUUAAUUCGUUAUCAGCGGAAGCAUGACUACAUUGGAGAGAGAGCCUGCCAGUGUUGUGACUGUGGCAGAGUCUUCAGUCGGAAUUCAUAUCUCAUUCAGCAUUACAGAACUCACACUCAAGAGAGGCCUUACCAGUGUCAGCUAUGUGGGAAAUGUUUCAGCCGACCCUCAUACCUCACUCAACACUAUCAACUCCAUUCUCAAGAGAAAACUGUCGACUGCAAUCACUGUUGAGAAACCUUCAGGCACAGCACACACUUUUCUCAACAUGUUUGGCUUCAUCCUAGAAAGAGUGUUCUGAAUGUGAGAAGGUCUUUCACUGGCCCCCACACCUUGUUAACAACUUGAAAAUUCAUCAAAGUGUGGUAAAAAAAAAAAAAGUUGCGAUUUUUUGAA